AUGGAUGUUGUCUCCAUGGGGACUGUGAGGAUGUCCCAGGUGUGGAUGCAGAGAUGGGUCGUCUUGCUGAUGGGUCUGCAGUUAGUACAAGCAGGCUUCAUGGAGGAUUAUGGGGAUUUUAUGAAGGAUCCAACAGACUUUACAACCUGGCCGCCAACAUCAACAACAGUGUUCCCAAUGACGACUGUGAUGGUAACAAAAGUUGAACCAAAUCCUGAUCAUCAAUCCACGAUCUGCAGCACAUGGGGAAAUUUCCACUUCAAGACCUUUGAUGGUCAAUUCUUUCAAGUGCCAGACACGUGCAACUAUGUUCUGACAGUGAUGUGUGACACUGCCACAUCUGAUUUUAACAUCCAAAUGCAAAGAGAGACUGUGAAUGGUUCGAUCACUUUCAACACAGUCACAAUAAAACUGCAGGGAACAGUCAUCAAAAUCACUAAUGGCGACAUCACCAUGGAUGAUAAUGUGGUGUCGAUUCCAAUCAGUCAGAAUGGAAUUAAAAUUGAAGGAACCCCAACAAGUAUUAAAGUUUCCAAAUAUGGAAUGACUGUCUUCUGGGAAGAAGACAACUCUAUAUUGAUUGAACUUGCAGAGAAGUACCAAGGUCAGACCUGUGGACUCUGUGGAAACUACAACGGCAACAAGAAUGACGAUAUCCCUAAAAGCGGCCUAGACACCUGGAAGGUUUCCACACCAACUGAAUCCUGCGAGGACGUUACACUUCCUCCUGGGGAUCAGUGCGACCAGCACAUAAGUGUUUGCCAGCAGUAUCUCAGCAGUCCAGGGUUUGCCGACUGUCAAAAUGUGAUGGACAUGAGUUCAUUUGAAAAAGCUUGUGUAGACGACCUGUGUCAGUGUUACGGAAAUUACGACUGUCUCUGCCACACGCUCACAGAGAUUUCACGACAAUGCACUCAUGCUGGAGGAAAACCAGGAACAUGGAGGACAGAACAGCUCUGUCCAAAGACGUGUCCUCUGAACUUGCAAUACAUGGAGUGUGGGAGUCCGUGCAAGAACACCUGCUCAGAUCCGACCGCAAGUCUACUGUGUAAAGAACACUGUGUGGAUGGCUGUUUUUGCCCUGAAGGCACCGUGGAAGAUGACAUUGGUCAGAAUGGCUGUGUUCCUGUGAACGAGUGCCCUUGUGAUCAUAACGGUGCACUAUAUCAGUCAGGAGAGUCUUACACACAAGCUUGCAAAAAAUGUGUGUGCGUCGCUGGACACUGGACUUGUACAUACCUGGAAUGUCCCGGAAUCUGUUCUGUUGUUGGAGGGUCUCACGUCACCACUUAUGAUGGAAAGACCUUCACCUUCAGUGGCAACUGUGACUACAUCCUCACUAAGCACUCUAAUGACAGUGAUAUUGCUGUUGUGGGAAACCUGGCCAAGUGUGAUCCGGCCCGAACAGACACAUGUCUAAAUUCAGUUACCCUUGUAAUUUCGGGGACCACUAUUAGUUUUGCCUCCAAUGGUGUUGUGACACUGGAUGGAAACAGUCCAUAUAAGCUUCCUGCCACCACAGGUCCUGUGAGCAUCUUUCAGCCCACUUCCUCUUUCAUCAUUGCUGAUAUGAGGAGUCUUCGUCUAGAGAUUCAGUUAGCUCCAGUCAUGCAGUUGUAUAUUGUAGCCAGCACUGAAGAGAAAGGAAAGAUGAGUGGUCUAUGUGGAAACUAUAAUGAUGUCCAAUCAGAUGAUUUCAAAACAGAGUCUGGUAUCAUAGAGGGCACACCAAUAACGUUUGUCAACUUUUGGAAGAAAAACCCAUAUGGUUGUCCAGAUAUUGAAAACACAUUUGACAACCCCUGUAGCUUGAGUGUGGACACAGAAAAACCUGCUAAAGACUGGUGUUCCCGUCUUACAAACAGCAGCGGAGUCUUUUCUGCAUGUCAUUCAGAAAUAUGUCCUGAGAUUUUCUACCAAUGGUGUGUCUAUGACACCUGCAAAUGUGCAGAUAUUAGGAAGUGUAUGUGUGCGGCUGUGUCCAACUAUGCCCACGCCUGUGCUGCCAGAGGAAUCAUUCUCCAGGGAUGGAUGGAUUCUGAACCCUGUGUAUCUGAGUGUUCAGAAAACAUGAAGCACUCCUACGGUGUGUCCAGCUGUGGCAACACCUGCCGCUCUCUCAAUGAACCAAACAACACCUGCCCAGGGUCCUUCACCCCAGUAGACGGCUGCGUCUGUUCUGAGGGAACCUACCUUAAUGAAGUUGGCAGUUGUGUGCCUGCCCACCAGUGUCCUUGUUACGAAGGCAACCAGGUCAUAGAACCAUCGGCAACAUCCAACAUAGAUGGUGUUGUAUGCACCUGUACGCUUGGAAAAUUGCACUGCUCCAGUAAGGAAGACUGUGUGGCUCCAAUGGUCUACUUCAAAUGCUCAAAUUAUGAACCUGGAACAAAAGGGACAGAGUGUCAGAGGACCUGUCAGAACCAAGACCUAAGCAACUGCGUGAGUACUGGGUGUGUAUCAGGGUGUAUGUGUCCAGAUCACCUUCUGGCUGAUGGAAAAGGUGGGUGUGUGGAGAGGACAAACUGCACCUGUGUCCACAACGGACUCAGCUAUUCACCUGGAGAGCAAGUUCAAGAGGACUGUAACACCUGCACAUGCACAAAUGGUAUGUGGACAUGUACAGAUAAUGAGUGUUAUGGCACCUGUACUAUCUAUGGUGAAGGUCAUUUCAUGACUUUCGAUGGCAAGAAAUAUUCUUUCCCUGGAGACUGUGAACACAUCUUGGCCCAUGAUAAUUGCAAUAAUGAACAGAGUCCAUAUUCUCUACGCCUGGUCACAGAGAACAUCCCCUGUGGCACCAGUGGCACCAUUUGCUCCAAAUCCAUUAGUCUUUCCUUUGGGAGAUACAAGAUGAUUUUAUCAGAGGAGAAUGGGAUCAAAGUUGUUGAAAGCAAUGGCACUGAUUACCUGUAUCAAAUCCAUACUGCUGGAAUAUACAAUGUCAUAGAGGUCAAAGGUCUUUUGAACUUAAUCUGGGACAAUAAAACGAGUCUGAUGCUCCAACUCCAUCCUAAAUUUAAGGGCAAGGUGUGUGGACUGUGUGGAAACUUUGACGGUAAUGCGAACAAUGACUUUGUGAAGCAUGAUGGAGAAGAGGUCACUGACGCAGUGGCAUUUGGAAACAGCUGGAAGGUAAAUCCCAGCUGUCCAGAAGUGAGCAACUUGAUGAAUCCAUGUGAAAAAAAUCCACAUCGGCGUGCCUGGGCUAUCAAACAAUGCAGCAUCAUCACAAGCCCUGUUUUUACAGACUGCCAUUCACGUGUGGAUUCUGGUCCGUACUAUGAUGCCUGCGUAAGAGACACCUGUGCAUGUGACAGUGGGGGUGACUGUGAUUGUUUCUGUACUGCAGUGGCAGCUUAUGCUGCUCAAUGUCGUAAAAAAGGAGCUUGUGUGGCAUGGCGGAGCCCAAGCAUAUGUCCUUUAUUCUGUGAUUACUACAACAGUCCUCCAGAUGAAUGUGAAUGGCAUUAUAGAACCUGUGGAUCCACCUGCAUGAAAACUUGCAGUAACCCGUCGGGAAAUUGUUCUAAUCAAAUUCCUCUUCUAGAAGGUUGUUUUCCUCGGUGCCCCUUAGAAAGGCCUUUUCUGAGGGAAGACACAAGGAAAUGUGUUACGGAGGCAGAAUGUCUUUCUCUGUGUACCUAUGAUGGGAAAGUAUACACUACUGGACAAGUGGUGUACGAUACCUCAGAUGGGAAUGGCACAUGUUUUACAGCUGUGUGUGAUUUUAAUGGCAUGAUAAUAAGAAAUAUUUACCCAUGUGUGACAAUAACCACGCCAUUCACUUUCACAUCUCCACCACAAACCACUAAAACAACAAUUAUAAUAACAGUUACAAAGUCAGUUACAGGAGUUUCUACUACUGCUGUUACUCCUCCUACUCCAUCUACAGAAACACAACCUCCCACAGGAACCAAAACACCCUCCACAGCUGCUACAACUGCUGGUACACCAACACCAACAUCACCCAGAGUUUCUACUACUGCUGUUACUUCGCCAACACCAUCUACAGAAACAAAAACCCCCAAAGCAACAGAAACACCAUACACAGCUACCACAACUGCUGGUACACCAAAACCAACAUCACCAGAAAUUUCUACUACUGCUGUUACUGCUGGAACAACACUCACAGAAACACCACCUCCGACACGAACAGAAACGCCAUCAACAGCAACAACAACCGCUGGUCGACCAACACCUACAUCACCAGGAGUUUCUACUACUGCUGUUACUGUUCCAACACCAUCUACAGAAACACAACCUCCAACAGGAACCAAAACACCAUCCACAGUUGCUACAACUUCUGGCACACCAACAUCAACCAGAGUUUCCACUACUGCUGAAACAGCACGCACAGAAACACCCCCUCCGCCACGAACAGAAACGCCAUCAACAUCAACAACAACCACUGGUCGACCAACACCUACAUCACCAGGAGUUUCUACUACUGCUGUUACUGCUCCAACACCAUCUACAGAAACACAACCUCCAUCAGGAACCAAAACACCAUCCACAGUUGCUACAACUGCUGGCACACCAACACCAACAUCACAAAUAAUUUCUACUACUGCUGUUACUACUAAAACACCACUGACCGAAACGCCACCUCCGAAAAGAACAGAAUCAUCAUCAACUACAACUGUUGGUCCAACGACACCUACAUCACCAGGAGUUUCUACUACUGCUGAAACAGCACGCACAGAAACACCACCUCCGACACGAACAGAAACGCCAUCAACAUCAACAACAACCUCUGGUCGAACAACACCUACAUCACCAAGAGUUUCUACUACUGCUGUUACUGCUCCAACACCAUCUACAGAAACACAACCUUCAACAGGAACCAAAACACCAUCCACAGCUACCACAAGUGCUGGUACACCAAAACCAACAUCACCGGAAAUUUCGACUACUGCUGUUACUGCUGGAACAACACUCACAGAAACACCACCUCCGACACGAACAGAAACACCAUCAACAGCAACUACAACCGCUGGACGACCAACACCUACAUCACCAGGAGUUUCUACUACUGCUGUUACUGCUCCAACACCAUCUACAGAAACACAACCUCCAACAGGAACCAAAACACCCUCCACAGCUGCUACAACUGCUGGUACACCAACAUCACCCAGAGUUUCUACUACUGCUGUUACUUCGCCAACACCAUCUACAGAAACAAAAACCCCCAAAGCAACAGAAACACCAUCCACAGCUACCACAACUGCUGGUACACCAAAACCAACAUCACCAGAAAUUUCUACUACUGCUGUUACUGCACCAACACCAUCUACAGAAACAAAACCUCCAACAGGAACCAAAACACCAUCCACAGUUGCUACAACUUCUGGCACACCAACAUCAACCAGAGUUUCUACCACUGCUGAAACAGCACGCACAGAAACACCACCUCCGACACGAACAGAAACGCCAUCAACAUCAACAACAACCUCUGGUCGAACAACACCUACAUCAACAAGAGUUUCUACUACUGCUGUUACUGCUCCAACACCAUCUACAGAAACACAACCUUCAACAGGAACCAAAACACCAUCCACAGCUACCACAAGUGCUGGUACACCAAAACCAACAUCACCGGAAAUUUCGACUACUGCUGUUACUGCUGGAACAACACUCACAGAAACACCACCUCCGACACGAACAGAAACACCAUCAACAGCAACUACAACCGCUGGACGACCAACACCUACAUCACCAGGAGUUUCUACUACUGCUGUUACUGCUCCAACACCAUCUACAGAAACACAACCUCCAACAGGAACCAAAACACCAUCCACAGUUGUUACAACUGCUGGCACACCAACAUCAACCAGAGUUUCUACUACUGCUGAAACAGCACGCACAGAAACACCACCUCCAACACGAACAGAAACACCAUCAACAGCAACAAGAACCACUGUUCGACCAACUCCUACAUCACCAGGAGUUUCUACUACUGCUGUUAUUACUCAAACGCCAUCUACAGAAACACAACCUCCCAUAGAAACCAAAACACCAUCCACAGUUGCUACAACUGUUGGUACACCAACACCACAAAUAUUUUCUACUACUGCUGUUACUACUAAAACACCACUGACUGAAACUCCAACACCGAAAAGAACAGAAUCGCCAUCAACAGCAACUACAACUGUUGGUCCGCCGACACCUACAUCACCAGGAGUUUCUACUACUGCGAUUACUGCUUCUACUCCUUCUACAGAAACAAAAUCUUCCAAAGGAACAGAAACACCAUCCACAGCUACCACAACUGCUGGUACACAAACACCAACUCCAAAACGAACAGAAAUGCCAUCAACAUCAACAACAACCUCUGGUCGAACAACACCUACAUCACCAGGAGUUUCUACUACUGCUGUUACUGCUCCAACACCAUCUACAGAGACACAACCUCCCACAGGAACCAAAACACCAUUCACAGCUACCACAACUGCUGGUACACCAAAACCAACACCACCAGAAAUUUCUACUACUGCUGUUACUGCUGGAACAACACUCACAGAAACACCACCUCCAACACGAACAGGAAUGCCAUCAACAGCAACAGCAACCACUGGUCGACCAACUCCUACAUCACAAGGAGUUUCUACUACUGCUGUUACUACUCAAACGCCAUCUACAGAAACACAACCUCCCAUAGGAACCAAAACACCAUCCACAGCUGCUACAACUGUUGGUACACCAACACCGACAUCACAAAUAUUUUCUACUACUUCUGUUACUACUAAAACACCACUGACCGAAACUCCAACACCGAAAAGAACAGAAUCGCCAUCAACAGCAACUACAACUGUUGGUCCAGCGACACCUACAUCACCAGGAGUUUCUACUACUGCUGUUACUGCUUCUACUCCUUCUACAGAAACAAAAUCUACCAAAGGAACAGAAACACCAUCCACAGCUACCACAACUGCUGGUACACCAAAACCAACAUCACCAGAAAUUUCUACUACUGCUGUUACUGCUGGAACAAAACUUACAGAAUCACCAACUCCAAAACUAACAGAAAUGCCAUCAACAUCAACAACAACCUCUGGUCGAACAACACCUACAUCACCAGGAGUUUCUACUACUGCUGUUACUACUGAAAAACCAAUCACAGAAACACCACCUACGACACAAACAGAACCAUCAACGACAACAACAACUGCUGGUCCACAAACACCUACAUCACCAGGAGUUGCUACUACUGCUGUUACUGCUCCUACUCCAUCUACAGAAGUACCACCUCCAACAGGAACUGAAACACCUUCAACAGCAACUACAACUGCUGGUACACCAACACCAACAUCACAAGAAAUUUCUACUACUGCUGUUACUACUGAAACACCAAUCACAGAAACAUCCCCUCCGACACAAACAGAACCAUCAACAACAACAACAACUGCUGGUCCACCAACACCUACAUCACCAGGAGUUUCUACUACUGCUGUUACUGGUCCUACUCCAUCUACAGAAGCACCACAUCCCACAGGAACCGAAACUCCAUCAACAGCAACUACAACUGCUGGUACACCAACACCAACAUCACAAGAAAUUUCUACUACUGCUGUUACUACUGAAACACCAGUCACAGAAACACCACCUCCGACACAAACAGAACCAUCAACGACAACAACAACUGCUGGUCCACCAACACCUACAUCACCAGAAGUUUCUACUACUGCUGUUACUGCUCCUACUCUAUCUACAGAAGCACCACCUCCAACAGGAACUGAAACACCAUCAACAGCAACUACAACUGCUGGUACACCAACACCAACAUCACCAGAAAUUUCUACUACAGCUGUUACUACUGAAUCACCAAUCACAGAAACACCACCUCUGACGCAAACAGAACCAUCAACGACAACAACAACUGCUGGUCCACCAACACCUACAUCACCAGGAGUUUCUACUACUGCUGUUACUGCUCCUACUCCAUCUACAGAAGCACCACCUCCCACAGGAACUGAAACACCAUCAACAGCAACUACAACUCUUGGAACACCAACAUCACCAGAAAUGUCUACUACUGCUGUUACUACAAAAACACCAAUCACAGAAACACCCCCUCCGACACAAACAGCACCAUCUACGACAACAACAACAGCUGGUCCACCAACACCUACAUCACCAGGAGUUUCUACUAAGGCUGUUACUGCUCCUACUCCAUCUUCAGAAGCACCACCUCCCACAGGAACUGAAACGCCAUCAACAGCAACUACAACUGCUGGUACACCAACACCAACAUCACAAGAAAUUUCUACUACUGCUGUUACUACUGAAACACCAAUCACAGAAACACCACCUCUGACACAAACAGAACCAUCAACGACAACAACAACUGCUGGUCCACCAACACCUACAUCACCAGGAGUUUCUACUACUGCUGUUACUGCUCCUACUCCAUCUACAGAAGCACCACCUCCCACAGGAACUGAAACACCAUCAACAGCAACUACAACUCUUGGAACACCAACAUCACCAGAAAUGUCUACUACUGCUGUUACUACAAAAACACCAAUCACAGAAACACCCCCUCCGACACAAACAGCACCAUCUACGACAACAACAACAGCUGGUCCACCAACACCUACAUCACCAGGAGUUUCUACUAAGGCUGUUACUGCUCCUACUCCAUCUUCAGAAGCACCACCUCCCACAGGAACUGAAACGCCAUCAACAGCAACUACAACUGCUGGUACACCAACACCAACAUCACAAGAAAUUUCUACUACUGCUGUUACUACUGAAACACCAAUCACAGAAACACCCCCUCCGACACAAUCAGAAGUAUCAACGACAACAACAACUGCAGGUCCACCAACACCUACAUCACCAGGAGUUACUACUACUGCUGUUACUGCUCCUACACCAUCUACAGAAGCACCACCUCCCACCGGGACUGAAACACCAUCAACAGCAACUACAACUGCUGGUACACCAACACCAACAUCACAAGAAAUUUCUACUACUGCUGUUACUACUGAAACACCAAUCACAGAAACAUCCCCUCCGACACAAACAGAACCAUCCACAUCAACAACAACUGCUGGUCCACCAACACCUACAUCACCAGGUGUUUCUACUACUGCUGUUACUGCUCCUACUCCAUCUACAGAAGCACCACCUCCCACAGGAACUGAAACACCAUCAACUGCUGUUACUGCUCCUACUCCAUCUACAGAAGCACCACCUCCCACAGGAACUGAAACACCAUCAACAGCAACUACAACUGCUGGUACACCAACACCAACAUCACAAGAAAUUUCUACUACUGCUGUUACUACUGAAACACUGAUCACAGAAACACCACCUCCGACACAAACAGAACCAUCAACAACAACAACAACUGCUGGUCCACCAACACCUACAUCACCAGGAGUUUCUACUACUGCUGUUACUGCUCCUACUCCAUCUACAGAAGCACCACCUCCCACAGGAACUGAAACACCAUCAACAGCAACUACAACUGCUGGUACACCAACACCAACAUCACAAGAAAUUUCUACUACUGCUGUUACUACUGAAACACCAAUCACAGAAACAUCCCCUCCGACACAAACAGAACCAUCAACUACAACAACAACUGCUGGUCCACCAACACCUACAUCACCAGGUGUUUCUACUACUGCUGUUACUGCUAUUACUCCAUCUACAGAAGCACCACCUCCCACAGGAACUGAAACACCAUCAACAGCAACUACAACUGCUGGUACACCAACACCAACAUCACAAGAAAUUUCUACUACUGCUGUUACUACUGAAACACCAAUCACAGAAACACCACCUCCGACACAAACAGAACCAUCAACAACAACAACAACUGCUGGCCCACCAACACCUACAUCACCAGGAGUUUCUACUACUGCUGUUACUGCUCCUACUCCAUCUACAGAAGCACCACCUCCCACAGGAACUGAAACACCAUCAACAGCAACUACAACUGCUGGUACACCAACACCAACAUCACAAGAAAUUUCUACUACUGCUGUUACUACUGAAACACCAAUCACAGAAACACCAUCUCCGACACAAACAGAACCAUCAACAACAACAAGAACUGCUGGUCCACCAACACCUACAUCACCAGGAGUUUCUACUACUGCUGUUACUGCUCCUACUCCAUCUACAGAAGCACCACCUCCCACAGGAACUGAAACACCAUCAACAGCAACUACAACUGCUGGUACACCAACACCAACAUCACAAGAAAUUUCUACUACUGCUGUUUCUACAGAAACACCAAUCACAGAAACACCACCUCCGACACAAACAGAACCAUCAACAACAACAAGAACUGCUGGUCCACCGACACCUACAUCUCCAGAAGUUUCUACUACUGCUGUUACUGCUCCUACUCCAUCUACAGAAACACCACCUCCCACAGGAACUGAAACACCAUCAACAGCAACUACAACUGCUGGUACACCAACACCAACAUCACAAGAAAUUUCUACUACUGCUGUUACUACUGAAACACCAGUCACAGAAACACCACCUCCGACACAAACAGAACCAUCAACAACAACAAGAACUGCUGGUCCACCAACACCUACAUCACCAGGAGUUUCUACUACUGCUGUUACUGCUCCUACUCCAUCUACAGAAGCACCACCUCCCACAGGAACUGAAACACCAUCAACAGCAACUACAACUGCUGGUACACCAACACCAACAUCAAAAGAAAUUUCUACUACUGCUGUUACUACUGAAACACCAAUCACAGAAACACCAUCUCCGACACAAACAGAACCAUCAACAACAACAAGAACUGCUGGUCCACCAACACCUACAUCACCAGGAGUUUCUACUACUGCUGUUACUGCUCCUACUCCAUCUACAGAAGCACCACCUCCCACAGGAACUGAAACACCAUCAACAGCAACUACAACUGCUGGUACACCAACACCAACAUCACAAGAAAGUUCUACUACUGCUGUUACUACUGAAACACCAAUCACAGAAACACCACCUCCGACACAAACAGAACCAUCAACAACAACAAGAACUGCUGGUCCACCGACACCUACAUCUCCAGAAGUUUCUACUACUGCUGUUACUGCUCCUACUCCAUCUACAGAAACACCACCUCCCACAGGAACUGAAACACCAUCAACAGCAACUACAACUGCUGGUACACCAACACCAACAUCACAAGAAAUUUCUACUACUGCUGUUACUACUGAAACACCAAUCACAGAAACACCACCUCCGACACAAACAGAACCAUCAACAACAACAACAACUGCUGGUCCACCGACACCUACAUCUCCAGAAGUUUCUACUACUGCUGUUACUGCUCCUAUUCCAUCUACAGAAACACCACCUCCCACAGGAAGCAAAACACCAUCCACAGCUACUACAACUCUUGGAACACCAACAUCACCAGAAAUGUCUACUACUGCUGUUACUACAAAAACACCAAUCACAGAAACACCCCCUCCGACACAAACAGCACCAUCUACGACAACAACAACAGCUGGUCCACCAACACCUACAUCACCAGGAGUUUCUACUACUGCUGUUACUGCUCCUACUCCAUCUACAGAAGCACCACCUCCCACAGGAACUGAAACACCAUCAACAGCAACUACAACUGCUGGUACACCAACACCAACAUCACAAGAAAUUUCUACUACUGCUGUUACUACUGAAACACCAGUCACAGAAACACCACCUCCGACACAAACAGAACCAUCAACAACAACAACAACUGCUGGUCCACCAACACCUACAUCACCAGGAGUUUCUACUACUGCUGUUACUGCUCCUACUCCAUCUACAGAAGCACCACCUCCCACCGGGACUGAAAAACCAUCAACAGCAACUACAACUGCUGGUACACCAACACCAACAUCACAAGAAAUUUCUACUACUGCUGUUACUACUGAAACACCAGUCACAGGAACACCACCUCCGACACAAACAGAACCAUCAACGACAACAACAACUGCUGGUCCACCAACACCUACAUCACCAGGAGUUACUACUACUGCUGUUACUGCUCCUACACCAUCUACAGAAGCACCACCUCCCACAGGAACUGAAACACCAUCAACAGCAACUACAACUGCUGGUACACCAACAUCACAAGAAAUUUCUACUACUGCUGUAACUACUGAAACACCAAUCACAGAAACAUCCCUUCCGACACAAACAGAACCAUCAACUACAACAACAACUGCUGGUCCACCAACACCUACAUCACCAGGUGUUUCUACUACUGCUGUUACUGCUCCUACUCCAUCUACAGAAGCACCACCUCCCACAGGAACUGAAACACCAUCAACUGCUGUUACUGCUCCUACUCCAUCUACAGAAGCACCACCUCCCACAGGAACUGAAACACCAUCAACAGCAACUACAACUGCUGGUACACCAACACCAACAUCACAAGAAAUUUCUACUACUGCUGUUACUACUGAAACACUAAUCACAGAAACACCACCUCCGACACAAACAGAACCAUCAACAACAACAACAACAACAACUGCUGGUCCACCAACACCUACAUCACCAGGAGUUUCUACUACUGCUGUUACUGCUCCUACUCCAUCUACAGAAGUACCACCUCCUACAGGAACUGAAACACCAUCAACAGCAACUACAACUGCUGGUACACCAACACCAACAUCACAAGAAAUUUCUACUACUGCUGUUACUACUGAAACACCAAUCACAGAAACACCACCUCCGACACAAACAGAACCAUCAACAACAACAACAACUGCUGGUCCACCAACACCUACAUCACCAGGAGUUUCUACUACUGCUGUUACUGCUCCUACUCCAUCUACAGAAGCACCACCUCCCACAGGAACUGAAACACCAUCAACAGCAACUACAACUGCUGGUACACCAACACCAACAUCACAAGAAAUUUCUACUACUGCUGUUACUACUGAAACACCAAUCACAGAAACACCACCUCCGACAGAAACAGAACCAUCAACAACAACAAGAACUGCUGGUCCACCGACACCUACAUCUCCAGAGGUUUCUACUACUGCUGUUACUGCUCCUACUCCAUCUACAGAAACACCACCUCCCACAGGAACUGAAACACCAUCAACAGCAACUACAACUGCUGGUACACCAACACCAACAUCACAAGAAAUUUCUACUACUGCUGUUACUACUGAAACACCAAUCACAGAAACACCACCUCCGACACAAACAGAACCAUCAACAACAACAAGAACUGCUGGUCCACCAACACCUACAUCACCAGGAGUUUUUACUACUGCUGUUACUGCUCCUACUCCAUCUACAGAAGCACCACCUCCCACAGGAACUGAAACACCAUCAACAGCAACUACAACUGCUGGUACACCAACACCAACAUCACAAGAAAUUUCUACUACUGCUGUUACUACUGAAACACCAAUCACAGAAACACCACCUCCGACACAAACAGAACCAUCAACAACAACAACAACUGCUGGUCCACCAACACCUACAUCACCAGGAGUUUCUACUACUGCUGUUACUGCUCCUACUCCAUCUACAGAAGCACCACCUCCCACAGGAACUGAAACACCAUCAACAGCAACUACAACUGCUGGUACACCAACACCAACAUCACAAGAAAUUUCUACUACUGCUGUUACUACUGAAACACCAAUCACAGAAACACCAUCUCCGACACAAACAGAACCAUCAACAACAACAAGAACUGCUGGUCCACCAACACCUACAUCACCAGGAGUUUCUACUACUGCUGUUACUGCUCCUACUCCAUCUACAGAAGCACCACCUCCCACAGGAACUGAAACACCAUCAACAGCAACUACAACUGCUGGUACACCAACACCAACAUCACAAGAAAUUUCUACUACUGCUGUUACUGCUGAAACACUAAUCACAGAAACACCACCUCUGACAGAAACAGAACCAUCAACAACAACAAGAACUGCUGGUCCACCGACACCUACAUCUCCAGAAGUUUCUACUACUGCUGUUACUGUUCCUACUCCAUCUACAGAAACACCACCUCCCACAGGAACUGAAACACCAUCAACAGCAACUACAACUGCUGGUACACCAACACCAACAUCACCAGAAAUCUCUACUUCUGCUGUUACUACAAAAACACCAAUCACAGAAACACCCCCUCCGACACAAACAGAACCAUCAACGACAACAACAACUGCUGGUCCACCAACACCUACACCACCAGGAGUUUCUACUACUGCUGUUACUGCUCCUACUCCAUCUACUGAAGCACCACCUCCCACAGGAACUGAAACACCAUCAACAGCAACUACAACUGCUGGUACACAAACACCAACAUCACAAGAAAUUUCUACUACUGUUGUUACUACUGAAACACCAAUCACAGAAACACCCCCUCUGACACAAACAGAACCAUCAACGACAACAACAACUGCUGGUCCACCAACACCUACAUCACUAGGAGUUUCUACUACUGGUGUUACUCCUCCUACUCCAUCUACAGAAGCACCACCUCCUACAGGAACUGAAACACCAUCAACAGCAACUACAACUGCUAGUAUACCAACACCAACAUCACAAGAAAUUUCUACUACUGCUGUUACUACUGAAACACCAAUCACAGAAACACCACCUCCGACACAAACAGAACCAUCAACGACAACAAGAACUGCUGGUCCACCGACACCUACAUCUCCAGAAGUUUCUACUACUGCUGUUACUGCUCCUACUCCAUCUACAGAAACACCACCUCCCACAGGAACCGAAACACCAUUAACAACUUCUACAACUGCUGGUACACCAACAUCACAAGAAAUUGCUACAACUGCUGUUACUACUGAAACACCAAUAACAGAAACACCACCUCCAACACGAACAGAAACUCCAUCAACAGCAACAACAACUGCUGGUCCACCAACACCUACAUCACCAGGAGUUUCUACUACUGCUGUUACUGCUCCUACUCCAUCUACAGAAACACCACCUCCAACAGGAACUAAAACACCACCCAUAUUUACUACUACUGCUGGUACACCAACAUCACCAGAAGUUUCUACUACUGCUCUUACUGCUACAACAUCAUCUAUAGAAACACUACCUCCCACAGGAACAGAAACACCUCUGACACUAUCAGCAAUUACUACAACCAUUGUUAAAUCAACAGUUUUGACAGUAACACCUAAAGUGACAGAAACGCCAUCAACCGAUUUCACUGUAUAUACAGAAUCAACACCUAAAAGAACACAUGGUACAUCACCUCAAAUUGUCAUCACAACAAUAUGUCACUGUACAUUUGCAAAUCAAACUUUCCCACCUGAGUCAAUCAUUUACAACAAAACUGAUAAAGCAGGCUGGUGCUACUUCGCUUACUGCAACUCCAAUUGUGUUAGUGAAAUAACACAGAAACCGUGUCCUCAGACUACUACAGUUCCAAUUUCAACUGUUCCAAAUGACUGUACCAAUGUCAACAGAAAGAAUGGAGAGACAUGGAAUGAGGAAUGUACCACUAAAACCUGCAUAAAUGGGAAUGUUACCACAAGCCCUGUACAGUGUCAUCCAGCAGAUUCUGUCAUACCUACAUGUGUCAACGGACUUAAGCCUGAGAAGGUUUAUUAUAACAAUGGCUGCUGCGCUAAGUACGAGUGUCUAUGUCGAUGCAGUGGCUGGGGUGACCCUCAUUACAAUACGUUUGAUGGAAAAUAUUAUACUUUCCAAGGAAAUUGCGACUAUGUGUUGGUCCGAGAAAUCAUUCCAAGACACAAUAUCAGCGUCUAUGUAAAAAAUUAUUAUUGCGAUGUUACAAAUAAUUUUGCUUGUCCAGAGUAUGUGACUGUUAAGUACAAAUCCUAUGAAAUCAAGCUAGCAAGUAACAGUAAAGAGAUACAGGUUUACGUCAAUGAUGCUGUUAAAGUCCCAACUUUCUUUAAUGAAGAUUUCAGCAUCACUACCUCUGGCAUGGCAGUGAUUUUGAACAUUAAUGAAAUCAAAACUGAGAUUUUAGUCAGUCAUCAAGGCUUUGAGAUCAAUCUCCCGUUCUCCUACUUCCAUGGUAAUACAGAGGGACAGUGCGGUGUUUGUGACAAUGAUGCCACAAAUGACUGCAGACGUCCCGAUGGAACAACUGACCAAUCAUGUGAGCAAAUGGCAGCAUUGUGGGUGGACUCCCCAGAAUGUGAAAACCCUCGACCACAUCCAAGCGAACCUCUUCCUACCUGCACAGCACAAAUCUGUGAGGUCAUCAAGAGCGAUUUGUUCAAGAGCUGUCAUGACACCGUUCCCUAUCAAAGCUACUAUGAAGCAUGUAAAUAUGAUGUGUGCUACAAGAAAAAUGACUCCAUGGCCUGUGCCAGUGUAGAGGCCUAUGCACAGCAAUGUGGCCAGCAGUCUAUAUGUGUGGACUGGAGAGACUCAGCUGACCUUAACGGGCUAUGUACAUACAAAUGUGCUGAUCACAAAGUCUUCAAGGCAUGUGGGCCUAAAGUUGAAAGAACCUGCAGUACAAGAUACAAUGAGAUGUUUGUGGAAGACCAAAGCAAAACCGACCAUAAAACAUUCAUGGAAGGUUGUUACUGUCCUGAAAACACAUAUCUAGUUAGUUCAACAACAGACCAGUGCACAGCUACUUGCGACUGCAUUGGCCCAGAUGGGUUACCAAGACAGCCAGGAGAAAAAUGGAUUGUGAACUGUACAACAUACAAAUGCUCCACUGAGAGCUUUGGUGUUGUUCAAGAACCUAUGAAUUGUCCAACCAUAGCGCCUUGUGGCCAUGAAUACAAAAGCAUAAUUGAAAACUGCUGUCCAACCUGCGUGUGUGAUACCAGCCAGUGUUCUAUGAAGUGUGAUGUGGGAUAUGAGUUAGCAGCAAAGAUACCUGAGGGCAAAUGCUGUCCACAAUGUGUGCCCAAAGAUGUGUGUGUGCACAAUAAUACUGAAUACCAGCCUGGAGUUAAAAUCCCUACAGAGCCUUGUUUGGAAUGUUACUGCCAAAUGGAUAAAGACCCACAGACCCAACUACAUUCUGUUGCAUGUGUUAAUAAAGUCUGUACACCUUGUGCUGAGGGCUUUGAGCGCGUAGAACAAGAAGGAGAGUGCUGCGGAACAUGCAAGCAAACCAGCUGCAUUUAUACUGCACCGGGCAACACCACACAUAUUCUCCAGGAUGGAGAAGUGAAAAAUUACAGUUGUGAGAGUAUAACCUGCAGUAAAAUUAAUGGCUUGUUUGUGACAGAGAAGAUCACACCAAAAUGCCCUUAUUUCAAUCCGGAUGACUGUGAGCCUGGAACUGAGAGAUAUGAUGCAUCUGGAUGUUGCAAGAUCUGUGAGCCCAAGAUUUGCAUUGUUUUGAAGAACAUAACCGAUGUGAAUGUAAAUGACUGCAAGUCCAUCCAACCCAUAGAAGUGACGUCCUGCAGUGGUCACUGUGGUACCCAAUCAAUGUAUUCAAUGGAAGAGAAGAGCAUGAAGCACAUCUGUUCUUGUUGCCAAGAGGAGAAAAUCAGCCAUCGUCAGGUGACGCUGAAGUGUGCCGAUGACAGCCAGCGCAAUUAUGACUAUAUUUACAUUGAGAGCUGCACAUGCACUCCUAAAAAGUGUAUAGACUAGAAGCCCUGAAGACUUGAUAAAAGAUGCUGAUAUUAAAGCUUUUCAUUUGGUUAUUACUGAUGUGAACUAAAUUACUUAAGACAAGAGAUAUUUGAAAUAAGGAGCAUGGCAAGGAAUACAUGCUUUUAUUCUAGGGCUAGGAUUUUCACUUUAAAUAUGGUCUUAAAUGUUUAAAUUAUCUGUAACAAAACUAUUUCUUUUCUGUGGUAUAAUGAGAGUUCUGUAUAAUUGUGAUGAAAUAAGUGUAUGUUCAACACAAUAAAGAAGUAAAUUUUCAACACA